AUGCACAUCAACGCUUUUCUCGGCGUGUUAGCCCUUGCUGUUGCUAGUACUACUGCCACAUACUCAUCAGAAACCCGUCGCUCUCAUUCAUCAUCUUCGAUCAAAAACUUCAAAAGUAAAAUCAAAAAUGUGGUUAUCUUGGAAAUGGAAAACCGCUCCGUGGACAACAUACUAGGUGGCCAGACAAUCGAGGGACUAGAAAACCCGAUCAAAAAUGGCCCUUUUUGCAAUCCAUAUGACCUUACAGAUGCUUCCAAGGGCCAAGUGUGCAGCAGUGCGAAGGACUUUGACUCCAUCCUGGAUGAUCCAGAUCAUAGCGUGAGCGGCAACAACAUAGAGUUCUAUGGAACUUUCACGCCGAACAACAACGAUAUUGCCAGCGGCGAGCUGCUCCCUGAUCAAAAGGGCUUCGUGCACGAACAACUACGUCAAUACGGCAACAACGUUAAUAAGACUCAGUUAGCGACCGAGGUGUUAAACUACUACAGCGAAUCGGAAGUACCAGUUUUGACGGCUUUGGUACAAAAUUACCUUACGUUUAACCACUGGCAUUCAGAUGUCCCAGGUCCAACGUAUCCAAACAGAGCCUAUGUUCUUUCUGGAACCUCAGCUGGCCACGGCACCAACGACCACUCAUUUGAUGCCGAUGUACACGGGUUAAAACAACGAUCCAUAUUUCAGCAAUUAUCAGAGACAAAUCACACUUGGAAGAACUACUACACAGAAGCAGACACUGGGAUGGUUGACGCUUACUUCUUCGAUUGGACAUUUACCAGCGGCAACACUGAUCUAGCUCAACCACUUGAAAACUUCUACGACGAUGCAGCAGCCGGAAAUCUUCCUGAAUUCAGCUUUAUUGACCCAUCCUGCUGCGGUACAGACAGCAACUCUAUGCAUCCAACUGGCCUAGUCUCCGAAGGUGAAUCCUUCAUCAAAAGCGUCUAUGAUGCAUUACGCGCCGGGCCUCAGUGGAACGAAACACUGUUUAUUCUUACAUUUGAUGAGACGGGCGGGUUUCAUGAUCACGUUUCACCUCCAUUAGCUCCGCAACCAGACAGUCUUACCUACACGGAGAAAACGCCAAACGGUAAAAACUACACCUUCUCAUUUGAUCGACUCGGAGGUCGGGUUCCCACACUUCUGAUAUCGCCGUGGAUCGCAAAGGGCCAGGUCGAGCAGAAAGGUACCAACUCCGACGGAGAUAUGGUAUCAUACUCUGCUUCAUCUAUUCUCCGCACUCUAGGCUAUCUUUGGGAUUUUGAACCGUUUACUCGCCGUGUCCAGGGAUCUGCUUCAUUCGAGCAUCUUCUUCAGAUCCAAAUGCGAUCGGAUACACCUGUUCAACUGCCAGAUCCGAAGCCUUUCCAAGGAGAAUCUAAGUAG